AUGAGUGCUGAUGAAAGUCAAUGGAGUGCGUAUUAUGAUCAAUACGACUCUCAAAACUACCAAACGAACCCUGGCUAUCUUGGAUACAUGACACAACCGGGUCAAUUCAAUUUCUAUGAAUCGCAAAUGGUUAGCACUCCGCUAGCUCCCGUCAAUAUAAGCCAAGUACAAAAUGGCGCGCAAACCGGUACAGGCAAGGGAAAAGUACCAGCAGCUAAAUCGAAAUCUUAUGAUAUUUUUGAUUUUGAUGAAACAAAGCUGCUAGUAAACUUAUGGGCAGAAGACCACGAUCGCCUAGAGAGCAAGGAUUCAAGAACAACAUGGAGCAAGAUUGUUGAAAUACUCAAUGAGCACUACAAAAACAAUAGAACUGUCGAUAAAUGUAAACGCAGAAUGAAGUAUCUUGUGGACAAAUAUAAAGAGAAAAAGGACUGGAAUAAGAAGCAGUCUGGAGGAAAUUUAAAGAAAUCACCCUUUUACGACGAAAUUGAUGCCGUUCUUGGCGCGAGGCACGUAGUUACCUUCCAACAUGUUGAACAAUCACAAGCCGUACCGAGUACCAGUGACAAAUGUACCGCCUCAACCUCUAAUGAAAGUUCCACUUCUACUAGUAGUACUAACGAUACUAGUAGUACUAACGAUACUGGUCCAAAAAAAAGAAAAAGUCGAAAGCGAAAGAAAACUGCGACUCUAGACAGCGACGAUGAAGAUAAUACUACGAAAUCGCUUAGGGAACAGGGUGAAAAGAUAACAGACGUGAUCGAAAAAAUGAAAGAGACGCAGUCUAAACAAGUCGACAUGAUGGGAAAGUUUAUGGAAGCAAUGUUGAAGAUGAUGUCCAAGUAAAGAAAGUUGAAAACGUUGAAAGUGUAACAAGAAUUUUGGACAUUUUAAUUCAGUUGUGUUAGAGAAUAGUUAACAGGUAUGAUUACAAUUCUAUCAUGUAAGUCUUUACAAUAUACAUGCUGUAUAUUUAUAGAUUGCA